AUGCGUUCCGCCUAUGUAAUCUCCAUCAUUGUCGCGGCACUGCCGCUCUUUGGUGCCGCAGUGCCUGCAGGUACCAGCUCCAAGAGUCAGAGCAAAGCAGUGUCCAAGACCAGCUCCUCUGCGGUCGCUUCUGCGGCUGCUUCUUCCUCUGCAACGGCUGGAGGUGCCGCCGGUGGUGACGCUUCGACCGCCAAAAACUCGACUGCUUCGGCCACGGCCAGCGCCGUCCCUGCAGAGGACAGCAACGGCGUGACCAUGGGCAUGAAAAUGGUCAGCGAUACCCAGAUCGCCAAUGCCGUCAUUUCGUGGAUGAAUGAUACCGGCAAGGUGACCAACUUUCUCGACACGGCCACGUCUCUCACCGGCGACGACUUUACCCGCCAGGCAACCAUUGCUCUCAAUGCCGAGAAGGAUGAGCUCAAUCACAAGACGAUUCUGGAUGCCGCCAUGGGCCAGCAGCCCGACGUGCAAGAUGCCAAUAAUGUACUGGCCAUGCAGGGAACGUUCCAGAUGGUGGUUGAUACGCUUCAGAAAAUGGUUGACGGCGGGCCUGACACAGCUCAGGCUGACGUAGAUGCAAUCAACCAGAACCGUUGUGUGAAUGUUCUCCCCAACAUUGACAAGUACUUUGCCGCCGCCGGCUCUUCCACCAUAACCGCGAGCCGUCCUACCGGCUGCCUUGAGAUAACUGGUGCCCCAACCAGUACUGCCGCCGCCCCUGCCGAUGCAGGAGACGCAGCAGCAGGCGACGCCGCCAGUGCCAGCACAACCUCCGCUUCAUCUGACAGUGCCACUUCGGCGUCGUCGGCCAAGGCCACGGCCUCUUCGGGUGCCAAAGCCGGAGGAGCAGCAGCCACGGGAAAUGACGCCUCGGCUACCUCGUCCAACACCAAGACUUCUGCUACUCGGGCGGCGGCCUCUGCUGCUGCCAAGACCACCAAGGCUACGAACAACAAUUGA